CUAGAAAUUUGGCUCGAGUGAAUGCGUGCUGCGUCCCUGGCGGGCAGUCAGCAACUCACUGUGGGAAACAAAUUAAACCAAGUUUCCGCAAAUUCUUCGAUUUUUUCAAGAUGUCUUAUAUGCUCCAGCAUCUUCACAAUGGAUGGCAGGUUGACCAAGCCAUUCUUAGUGAGGAAGACCGAGUUGUGGUGAUUCGCUUUGGCCAUGAUUGGGACCCAACCUGCAUGAAGAUGGAUGAAGUCCUUUACAGCAUUGCAGAAAAAGUAAAAAACUUUGCAGUAAUAUACUUGGUUGAUAUUACAGAAGUUCCUGAUUUCAAUAAAAUGUAUGAAUUAUAUGAUCCUUGUACUUGCAUGUUCUUCUUCAGAAACAAGCAUAUCAUGAUUGAUCUGGGAACAGGUAAUAACAACAAGAUCAACUGGGCACUAGAAGACAAACAGGAGAUGACUGACAUUAUAGAAACAUUAUAUCGUGGUGCUAGAAAAGGUCGAGGUCUGGUUGUGUCUCCCAAGGAUUACUCUACAAAGUACAGAUAUUAAUGCUUUAAAAAAAAUGUACCUAAAAACAGGUGUCAGUGGAAUAACACGAUUUUCAUGUUAAAACCACCACAUUUUUUUAUAAUUUAGUACUAGCUUUUUAUAUUUUUAGUUGUAUUUUUCCAUAAUACUUAUUUUAUUAUAAGGUUAUCAAAAAUAAAAGUCAUAAAUGUA